GAUACGCUGUAAAUCCAACUACCACAACGCACACGGAAUCGAUUCUCGGAAAGCAGAUCAACAACGUACGAACUCAGUUGCUUUAACCUACACAUAUUUCCCACAGAUUCUUGCUGCACGCCAUUAAGUGAGCUUUUAGAAUUUUGGAGACUGCGAAGUACACCAGAUCUAACGUCAGUUGAUUAAAAGAUGCCAGCAACAUUCGCUUUAGCGACUAUGGCAGCUACCGUGGCUGUGGGGUUAAUAAGUGUUGUACUCAAAGCUGCGUGGAGUGAUGAUGAGCCAGCGAAAAAAGGAGGAAGUGAAAGUCACAGACAAAGCGCUGCAGGGAGUGGAGGGACGAGGUCACAACAGAGAGAAAAUGGAAGUCUGAAUCGUAGGGAAGAAGGUAUUAGAAAAACCAGAACACAAGAAGACGAAGAGAGAGCCAGGAAAAGAAGAGGAGAAGCCUUAUCCCUUCUUGGCGAUAGCAAGUCUACACCAUACCUCUGGCAGUUCAAAGAAGCAGAUUCUCAUGCUUGGAAAAAUUUCGGCCCCUCUGACAAUGUUGUCCUGGAAGAGCUUUAUUGCAACGUGAACAAUGUGGAGGUUGAAAUAGAACUUGAAGACACCACAAUAAGACAUUCAAGAAAGCUGUCAGGAAAGAUGUCAGCCAAUUUUCACACAAUGUCCAUGAGCUUGUUCUCCCCCUUUAACCACUUUUUGAUCCGUCGACGUUCAACACCGUCUUACAUCAAAGAACGCGGCAACAAUUUUCCUACACUGUGGGUUUGGUAUUGGGAAGACAUCGAUGGAUGGAAAAAAUAUGCCGAAACGAAUCUUUGUUCUGGCGCAAAACAAGAGCAAAUUGAAGCAUCGUAUCUAAAUGGAGACCCUGCUUACUACUUUCAAAUCGGUCGGAACGCUUACGUAAUACAUUUUGAAGGUACACUUAUGAACCAAAGGAGUGUAGAUCCAGAAGUCCAAGUGGUUCGGCUUGUCAGAAGAAGACCAAUGUCUACUUCGAAUUCAGCACCACAGACUGCAAUGAGCAAUCCGAAAGGUCAGGUAAUAGCCGUUGAAAGAACUAACCUGAAAAAGGACACCGAAGAAUACCGAACUGUGAGUGAGCGCUUUCACAAAACGAUGUCGAGACGCCAGGCCUCUAUAGUGAUGGUGGAAAAAAUAACAAAUGGUCAUUUAUUACAGAAAUACGAAAGAAAGUGCCAAGAAAUGAGAGAGCAACGUAAACCUAUGCGUGAAAAGUGGCUGUUCCAUGGUACAACACCAGAUGUUAUUGAUGCCAUCUGCACACGCAACUUUGACCACAGAGUGUGUGGGAAAAACGGGACAAGGUAUGGGCAAGGAAGCUAUUUCGCUGUGGACGCAUCUUACAGCAAUGACUUCAGCAAAACUAAGGGUUACAAAACGAGAUACAUGUUUCUGGUAAAAGUGUUGACUGGAGAAUUUAUUCGUGGAGAGGAAGACUUUCGUCGACCACCAUUGAAGGAUCCGAGGAUUCUGGCAGGUGAUUUGUACGAUUCUUGCGUUAACGACGAAAUUUUACCGAAGAUCUUUGUAAUUUUUGAUAACGAACAGUGCUAUCCUUCGUAUUUAAUUAAAUAUCAUUUGAAAUAGUUUUAGGCAUCAAAGUCAGAUGCAUCAAACUACGGUAGAAAGUCGGUCACAAGCGCAUCUAUAAAUAAAGGGUCUUGAUAUUAGCAGGCAAGUAAAGAAUUUAAAGAAAGCGAGAAAACUUUUGAGUCUGUAAAACAUAGUUUUAGAUUUACAUGGUGUAUCAACAACUACACCAUGUAAAUAUAAAACUGUCUUUUUAAUUCUCACACUUUCAUGCCUUACCUGUCUUCUUGUUGUCACUUUUCAUCUUAAUUAGCAUUGUUCUACUUACUAUAUAAUUCAACUUCCAACGCUUUGUACAGUAAUUAACUGAAGAUGACAGAAGUUUCUGUCGAAACAUGUUUUACAGACUCAAAAGUUUUGUCGCUUUCUUUAAAUUUAUAAAUAAAUAAUUAAAUAGCUGCCAAAAUUACUAGUGGACUUAGUAGUUUACAUUGUGAGCCAAAAAGAGAGAGAAAAACAGAGUAAUUUAUAAUUGAUUAUACAAUAUAAAAAAUAUCAUCAUGAGAAAUAUCAUCAUGAGAAGUCAAGUAUUUGAAAAAGUAAAAAUAGUUUAAAAUAGAUAGUUAGCAAAAAUUCAGUUGAAAAGGUACCUUAAAGCGUCCUUGUAAUGGUAAAGUGUUCGCGACUUGAAUUGAUGUUUACGAAUCUCUUGACCAAAUGUUUCCGUUGCUUUCAAAAAUCUGUUGCUUCUGAUAAUCUGAUCAGUUCCAGAGAGAUCUGGACAACUGUAAGCUCAUUUUGAGGAACAGAUAAUGUCCACAGACAAAUAUACGAGCACAUUUUGGGGCCAAAACGGGGGCUAUUGUGUUUAUUAUCCUUCACUAUUUUUGCAACGCGCAGGAAAAAUAUUUACGAACAACUCGCUGUUUGCUACUUGAAAUGUGUCAUUUUUAUGUUUCAUCUUCUGUAAUACCCGUUUUCAUCUUGACUUCAAUUUUAAACAAACGCUUUCAUCGUAGUUAAUGUAAGGUUUGAAAAUUGGGGAAAAUCUCUUGCUGUAUAUCCUCGGAUAUUUUCCAUUUUCAGAUGGAGCAUUAGUUUCCCAGUUUGAGAUGGGUCACUACCACAUAAUAGGGGUGAACAUUACAGUGAUUAAGGGGAAGCAGAUUCUGGAACCUGAAAACCGACCGCUUAAUAUAGGGUGACCGCUUUAUACGGUGCCGCCUAAUACAGGUUCCUCUGUAUUAUCAAUUUAAAUUUUUAAGCGAACCUUUGUUGUUGAUGUUAAUUUCUCAGUAUCAGUAUUGCAGCGCUUUAAAGUUGUACUCGCCAAAAGAAAUCUAUAAUUUGCAUUUUAUUCGAAGCCUGCCGAAAUUAGGUCAUACGUUAUGGUCUAAACUUUCACACGAGAGUUAAUGAUGGAAAAGGUAAUAACGUCUCAGGCCUAGUCUUGUUAUAAUUGUAUUGAAGUUUUAAAAACAUUUAGUUUUUUUUCUUCAGUAGACCCCCCUGAAAACCACUAAGAGUGAUGGAGGCCUGUCAAAAUAUGUAUUUUAAUUUUUUUUUUAUUGUGUAAUAAAAAUAAGUGGUGCGUUGAAGGUUUC